AUGGAUCUGCCUUAUUCGAAUCGACGUCGUUACUCCUACUCACGCGCUAGUUACACCGACGACGACGACCACAGCAAUCGAAUGUCGGAUCUUGAAGGAGACAAAGAAUUUACGCUGGGUCGAAGGAUGUCCACCACCUCACUCAGCGACUCAGCUUCCUCUUCCUAUAAAAUGAGCAUUGACUCUGACGAUGCACGUUCCGUUUCUUCUGUUUUCGCAAGCAGACCACCCACCAACUACUCUCGUCAGGUGACACCGUCAACCUUACUGCCCACUUUGGACGUCCCCGUGCCUCGUCGUCCUCAGUUGACCCGCUCUUUAUCGGAAAUAUCAUUAUCGAAUAAUAAUAGUUCGUUAUGGGCCUCACAGCAACCGUCACCCAUGGAUAGCGGUUUCAAACAAAGCAGGGGGAUCGAUUCAUCUAUGGGUGAGUCUAGUAACACGAGCCAAACUCCAUUGGAUGCAGCAGCAGCAGCACGUCCCCGUCGUCUGUCACAGCAAUAUCCUCCUUUUGGUGGAAGGCCAGUCGGCGGUCAUACCCGAUCGGCAAGUAAUAGUAGUAUUGAGCUCCGGCGUGAUCCAGAGCGUCGAAGUGUCGUAAGGAGAAGCUCGUUGCUGCCCAAAUCAAAAGCGCUGGCAAGGGUGCUCACACAAGCCGAUGAAGAUAGCCAUCUUGCGGAUAUCGAAAUGCGACGUGAACAGGAGACCACGCAUCAAAUUAAGGAGCGACUGGGACGAAUGUCCAUGGAUAUGGACAAUGGAGUCAGAGGCCAGGCGGCUUCAGUGCCACCCGCGGCAUGGGUACGACUGCGAGAUAUGGACUCAUCUCCGACCAUGGUGCCAUAUCAAUGCUCUAAACUCAAUCCAGAAACCGAGAUGACGAAUUUUCAAUUUGAAAAUUUGCCAUCUCCUGUCCAGCAAGGAUUCAAGAGCGUCAAACGGAAAGGAUCGGAGGAUCGUCUUUUUGAACCCUAUUUGGGGAGCAGCCUUAAGCGACGAGCAGUGUCACCUUCCGUGUCACUAUCAGCCUCUCCCGUUCUCACAGGCAUCUCAAGUCCUCCCGGCGUUUUAUCUCAGUAUAACUCGAGUCCAACCAGUAGUAGUACUGCCAAUGCUGCUGCCAGAGCUCAAACCAAACCAGGACAACUACCUACCAAUUCGUUCAAUCUUCAGGAUGCCAGUGGCGGUUUAAGUCGCAUGUCUCUGAGCGAAUAA